AUGAGCUUAAAAGUAGAAGUCAUUAAGAAGAAGGCUGAUUAAAGAGGUCCAUUCUUAGCCAACUUCGAAUAGAAUAUUCCUCCAUAAGAGGACUUCGAAUAAUCAAUUAAGGUUAGAGUGCAAGAGAAAAAUAAGAAGAAGACUGUUUUAAGAAUGUCAAACGAUAUUUUAGAAAUUUUUGGUAAAGGAUAAAACUGCUCAGGUUAAUACAAUAGCAAUUCUAAUGAAACUAUCAUCAAUGAAAACGAAGGAGCAAGUGAAAGCAAUAAUAAUGCAAAUAAGUGUUCCUCUGCUUACUUAAUUGGUAUUAAAGACGAUAAAACAAAUACAAUUAAAUUGUUUUAAGUAGAACAAUUAUUUAAACUUUAGCAACAUACUUUGAAAGAGUUAGAAAACUCCUAAAAUAUAGAUUCUAAUAUUGCUAAAACUAAGACUACUCAUAUGGAAUAAAAGUAAAUGUUGGUCUAAGAAUUCGGUACUGUAAAAUCUAGAAAGAAAGUUAAAUAAAUGCAAAACAACAUAGUUCAUGAAUAAAAUCUUUCCUAAAACUUAAAAGUGUCCAUUUAAGAUAAGGGUGAAGAACUUGAAGCAGAUGCCAUGAAUCAUACAAUCCGUGAACGUGACUAAGAAAUCGACAGCAAGCGUGAAUUUUUGCCAGAAUUCGAUUUGGAAACAAAAAAUCCAACUGAAAUUUUCAGUUUAAAUAGUAUAAUAACUCCAGAAGAUUUGACAACUCUUUCUUUUGCUGCUGAGUAUAUUAAAAAGCGUGAUUUAAUAAAGAGCGAAUGUAAAAAUAUGACCCAUUUAGUUCGCAAUCUGCUUUUCGAUUUCUAAACUCACUUUGGUGGACGUAACAACCAUUCUCUUAUUGCUAAACAAUUAGUUUAUCUUGAUUAUCUAUUACGUGUUGCAAACAAAGUAAAGUUAAGCGGUAAAACAUUAGAUGAAGUUAGUAAAGAAACUAAUAUACCAGCAAAUCUUCUUAAAAAUAUACUCAAAAAUUUCUACUAAGCCUUCUAGAGUGGUAGUGGUGUAAUUUAUCAACGCAGUUAAGCAUUAAAGGAUAAACUUAUCUCAUAUAUUAUUGUUCUAGCUUUGAUGGUAUUUGACUACAAAUUUGAUGCUGCUCCUCUAGCUUCUUUACUUAAAAUUGAACCAAAGAGGUUCCUCACAUAUGCUAAAGAAGCAGGUUGCUCAGUUAAAAUCAAAGAAAACAAAGAUUCUUCAUCUAAAAACGCUCAUUAAAUUGAAAUUGAGCUUAAAGCUCCUCUUAAGCUAAUUGAACCAAAAAAACCAACUAAAAAGAACAAAUGA